GUGAGGAAAGACAGCCCACGGUUGAUGUGUCGUUCCUCCCUCUCCGCGAAAUUGAACGCGGGGAAUGAAGUGAAAAUCUUUUAAUAAUUACAGAAUAACAAAGCUGGAAAGGGACCUUGGAGGAGCCCCAACUGUGCUGGUUGAAAAAUGUAAAAAAACGCGGUGCGCUCUGAACUGAGAAGGCUGCGCAGUUGCUUUAAAUCAGGGCUACCCCGUCCCUCCAGGCCAACUUGAGGCAGUUUGCGCAGAAAAACUUAAAAUUGAGGCGCAACUGCUAAGCCUAAGAAGGGGGGGACCGCCUGGGGGGCAGCGAGAGGUGUGGCUAUCGGGAAGGAAAUAUCGAAAUCUAAAUCUGUCUUCGACUGAGGGGAAGCCACCGCCCACACGCCCCAAACGCUGCCGCCUUCCGCUCGGGGACGCCGCGCUGGCUCGUUCGCAGCCGCUUCUUCCGAGGAGGCGAAUCCGACGUUGCGGAACCGUCGGAGAAGUUGCGGGAGGCAGCCGGGGGCUUUGGGAAGCUCGCCGAGUCAAUUGGUUUAUGGCAUGCAGAGGAGACAUCCUUCGUAAAAGGUUCAGAUAUAAAAGUGUUAAAAAGAAAAUGUAAAUUUGAUAUGUCAAUCUUUGUCCGCAACUGAUCUGGAUAAAGACCAUCAGGAUCAAGGGAAACUAAUCAGAUAAUCAUGAUUUUUCCAAUUUGGAGUCUUUGUUUUAUCUCGAUUGCUGGAGCUAAAAGUCUUUCUGCUGAAAAGAUCAUUCCGUUUUGUGAUGUUGCUCAUUGCAAUUUUCAUAGGAAGAGUCUGCACACAAUUCCACUGGGUCUAUCAAAUGCUGUUUUGGGACUGGACCUGACCUCCAAUAGCAUUGUGCAUAUUGGAGAUGUUGAUCUAAAGUUUGCAGUCAAUCUUAGAACACUUUUGCUUCAAUCUAAUUCAAUUCAGACAAUUGACGACCAUGCAUUUGACUUCCUUGGAAAGCUGGAGCAUUUGGAUUUAUCAUGGAAUAACCUGACCUACUUGUCACCCUUUUGGUUCAAAAAUCUUUCUUCUUUACAGAAGUUAAACAUAAAGGGGAAUUCCUACUUGAAACUCGGCAAAUUUCCAUUAUUUUCUGGCUUACAAAAGCUAAGAUAUCUAUACUUAGGAAACAAUAAAUUCUCUACUUUACAGACAAAAGAUUUUGAAGGAAUUUCAGUUCUUGAAGAACUGGAAAUUGAAGGACAGAGUCUUCAACAAUAUUCACCAGGAGCUCUACAAUCUCUUGAGCGCAUAAAUCACAUUAUUUUGAAUGUAACUGUCAGCUCCACAUUGCGUCAGAUUUUAAAUGAUGUUAAAAAUUCUGUGGUGUUUCUUGAACUGAGAAAUAUACACCGUAACCUUUCACCCCUUAUCGGUUAUUUCAGAGAGAUUCCAAUGAUUGCUCAAAAGCUUGGAUUUAGAGAUAGUGAAUUUUUAGAAAAUGAAGUUUUUCCCUUAAUGGAAGCAUUAUCUGAUAUGAGCCAGCUACAAGAGUUAGAAAUUAUAGAUAGCACUUUACAAGGCACUGGCCAUUUCUAUACUAGUCGGCGUAUUUCCCGUAAUGGACUUAUAAUAACAAUUCGGAAUUUAAAAAUAGAUUCGUUUUACUUAUUUUCAGAUCUUUCAUCCGUGUGGUAUCUUGUAGAGAAUAUUACCAAACUGACCAUUGAAAAUACAAAAGUUUUUCUAGUGCCUUGCAAUUUUGCAAAAACAUUCCUUUCAUUACAGUAUCUUGAUUUCAAUUCAAAUUUGUUACAGGAUUUGUUUUUGGAGCAUUCAUUGUGUCCAGGCAGUUGGCCUAAACUGCAGACUCUCAAUGUUAGUCAGAAUUCUUUAACCCAUAUUGAUAGAACAGCAAGAAGUGUGGCUCAUUUAGUCAGUCUUACUAACCUAGAUAUCAGUCAGAAUAACUUGGAACAAAUGCCAGAAUCGUGCCUUUGGCCAAGAAGCUUGAAAUAUUUAAACAUCUCUGGCUGCAGAGUAGAGAAACUGACAGGUUGCAUCCCGGACUCUUUAGAAAUUCUGGAUGCAAGCAACAAUUUCCUCUAUGAUUUUAAAGUGAGCCUGCCUCAUCUUCAGGAACUUUACCUUAAAAAUAAUAGAUUAAAAGUUCUGCCAGAUGCUGCCUUCAUCCCUCAUGUAAGUUUUUUGACCAUUAGAGAAAACAAUGUGUUCAUGUUCUCUGAGCAGGAACUGGAGACGUUUAUAGAACUGAAGAUGCUGGAUGCCCGUUACAACAGCUUUCAAUGCAAGUGUGAAUUUGUUUCCUUUGUACAGUCUUAUCCAAGAAGAGAUAAUAUCUUUAGUGGUUGGCCUGAAAAUUACAUCUGUGAUUCUCCAGAUUAUGUAAAAGGGGAGCAAAUCGGAGUUGCCCGGCUACAACUGACUGACUGUCAUUUCACUUCUUUCGUGUCCAUCCUUUGUAUUCUGAUCAUCCUGAUCAUUUUGGUGGCAGCCUUUCUUUGCUACAAGUUUCAUGUCAUCUGGUAUAUGCGCAUGACCUUAGCCUGGCUUAAAGCAAAACGCAAGCCUCAAAGGACCCAUGACCAGGCAGUCUGCUAUGAUGCGUUCAUUUCCUACAGUGAACAAGAUUCUGAAUGGGUGGAAAAUGUGAUGGUCCAGAUGUUGGAGCAAGCAAACCCUCCCUUUAAACUCUGUCUUCAUAAAAGAGAUUUUAUGCCUGGCAAAUGGAUUGUAGACAAUAUUAUUGACUCCAUUGAGAAGAGCUCUAAAACCCUUUUUGUGCUUUCGGAGAAUUUUGUACGGAGUGAGUGGUGCAAGUAUGAAUUAGAUUUUUCUCACUUCCGUUUUUUUGAUGAGAAUAAUGACACAGCCAUUUUGGUCCUCCUGGAACCUAUUCCAACAAAAACAAUUCCGGAAAGGUUUUGCAAACUCCGAAAAUUAAUGAAUACCAAAACUUACCUUGAAUGGCCAAGUGAUAAAGAUCAACAACAGUUAUUUUGGUUUAAUUUGAAAAUGGCAAUAAAAGCCUAGCUGAGAAGUUGGUAUAAUAGGCCAUUUCCAUUAAUUUUAGCAGCACCUCUGGUGUGAAUAAUUUGUUAUGGUUCAGGAGAUUCAGUCAGGCCAAUCCAUUAGCAGGAGGCAAGUAGGCUUCCAGAAGUUUGAUUCCUUGAACCCCAGACAUUUCCUUCAUCGUGUAGUUUGACUGCUUUUCUCUCAGCAGAAAUAUCGGGAACAUGCAACACUAGCUCUGUCCAAAUUUUGCACAUGUAUCUCAACUCUUCAGAUAUUUAUGAGAAAGAAGAAAUCAGCAGGGGAAUGUGGAGCAGCUAAUGUGCUGGAAGAUACAGUUCUAGCAAAGUCUUGAGAACCAAUUGAGAAAGAUUGAAACAAUUGAUAGAUAACAUUUAUGGAUUGCAUUAAGCCAUUUUUUGCUACACUAUGCCAUAUUUAACAAGAUUUUAUCUGAAUUCAUGCAUCAUGCUAAGCUGUAAAUCUUGAUUUACAAAUCACAGGGGCCACAUAGUAAGCCAAACCCAAAGAAACUGCAUUAUGUUUAGUGUGAUGUGUCCACUGAGUUAAUUUAGGUGUGCCAAGCAAAUGAGGCCAGCAGGGGAACCAACACAGAUAGUUCUCAGUCAUGAUUAAUUAUAAAAAAUAGCAUCUGUUACAUUCAGUGUUGAACAAGAGCAUAUACUAUAUGAUCGUUUUUUGUUUAAAUAUUAAACAAUAAGUAUAACUAUACUGUAACUUAAAUCCUUUUAGAGCUUUUCUAUUUUUUUUUUUUUUUAGGAUUUGGUGAUUGCUAAAAGCAAACAACCACUUGCUAGCACAUAAUCAAUCAGUCAAUUGCUAGAUAGCAUUUUAUUGGUUUUUAUUAUCUUUCGAAAGCUCCCUGGAGCCAUUAGAGAGAGGCAGCAUAAAUAUCAGUUAAAUACAUAAAACAAAUAAGUUGUUUAGUUGAACGUAUCCUAAGGUGAUCCAUAAGCUAGGACUUCAUGUCGUCUUCACUGUUUGAGAAAAUGUUCAGCACAUUUGCAUUAAGCUUCAUUUAUUUUUUGAAGGGCAAAAAGGCACUUCCUGGAGGUAUUUUAGUUUACUGAUUGUAACAUAUGAAAAAUGUAUUUUCUGAUAAAAUUUUGUACUUACUGAUUUAAAUAAAUAUUUGGUACUUCUAUAUUCCAGCUAUUCCUUUGGAUCAUCAAGAGAUAGGAUCUAUAACACUGUUAAGCUAAAACACAGGGCUGUAUCUAGUUUCCAUUGGAGUCAGCCAUUCAGUGCUUUCUAUAGCCAACUUCUGCAGAAAUAAAAAUCUUU